CACAAAUCAAUCCUCUUCAUUCCAGCGAGUGCCGAGUGCGAACGGUUCUGCGCACAGACACCACGAGGCAGGGAAUAUGAAGCUUUUAGCACUUGCGACGUUCGCCUUGGCGCUGUACACCACCGUGCUGAGCGCUCGUUCUCCCUACCAGCAAGUCCUGCAGCACAGCCGGAUCCGAGGACGUCAACACGGGCCCAAUGUUUGCGCUGUUCAACAAAUUGAUGGCACCGACAAGAAGUACUUCACUAACUGCAAGCAAUGGUAUCACAGGAAAAUCUGCGGGAAGCCCACGAUGAUUACCUAUGAAUGUUGUCCUGGAUAUGAAAAGAUUCCUGGGGAAAAGGGCUGCCCUGCAGCUCUUCCUCUCACCAACAUAUUCAACACCCUGGGGACUGUAGGUUCCACCACCACCAAGAUGUACUCUGAGAGGUCUGGUUUGCAGGUAGAAAUUGAAGGACCAGGCAGUUACACCAUUUUUUCUCCUAGCAACGAUGCUUGGGCUGCACUACCUGCGGAAAUUCUAGAUGCUCUGGUUAGCAAUGUUAACAUUGAGCUGCUGAAUGCUCUGCAUUACCAUAUGGUCAACAGAAGACUCACAACUGAUGAUCUUAAACAUGGAAUUGCCAUUCCCUCCAUGUAUCAAGACCUGAAUGUUUAUAUCCAUCACUACCCCAAUGGAAUUGUGACAGUAAACUGUGCCCGUCUGAUGAAAGCUGACCAGCAUGCAACUAAUGGAGUGGUGCACGUCAUCGAUCGUGUCAUUACUUCUAUUACUAGUACAAUUCAGGAUACAAUUGAGCUGGAGGACAGCCUAGAAACACUGCGAGCUGCUGUGGCUGCAGCAGGUCUAAGCACAGUACUGAGUGGUGAAGGUCAAUAUACUUUCUUUGCUCCAACUAAUGAUGCCUUUGAGAAAAUACCUUCUGAGACACUCAACAGAAUUCUUGGUGAUCCAGUGGCUCUGAAGGAUUUGUUGAACUACCACAUUCUGAAGUCAAUCCAAUGCUCUGAAGCCAUCGUGGCAGGAACCCCCAUGGAGACCUUGCAGGGAACUGUGUUGGAAGUGGGAUGUGAUGGAAGUGGUCUGACCCUUAAUGGAAAAGCAAUUAUUACCAAGAAAGAUCAACUGGGAACCAAUGGCAUCAUUCACUAUAUCAGUGAACUUCUCAUACCAGAUUCUGCUAAAACUCUUUUUGAGUUGGGACAAGGAUCAUCUGUGACAAAAGCUAUGGACCUCUUUGGUCAAGCUGGACUGAAUUCCUUCUUGACUGGUAGUGAGGCACUCACUCUCCUUGCGCCCAUUGAUGAUGCUUUCCAAGGUGCAAGUCUAAGAAUUACCCCAGAAGUUAAAACAAUUUUAAGAAACCACAUUGUUAAAGAACAGCUUUCCUCUAAGCAUCUAUAUCAUGCCCAAAAUCUGGAGACCCUGGAGGGAGUGAAGCUUAGAGUUUUUGUCUACCGUAAUUCUAUAUGCAUUGAAAAUGCAUGCAUUGCAGCCCAUGACAAGAAGGGCAGAUUUGGCACACUCUUCACUGUUGACAAGGUCAUUACUCCACCAGUAGGAACAGUCAUGGACAUCUUGAAAGGGGAUAAUCGCUUCAGCACUCUGGUUGGUGCCAUCCAGAAGGCAGGCUUGACAGAAACACUAAAUCGCCCUGGUACUUACACAGUGUUUGCACCAACUAAUGAAGCCUUCCGUGCUAUGCCUUCGGCAGAUCUAAAUAAACUCAUGGGCAAUCCUCGUCAGCUGGCCAAUAUCUUGAAAUAUCACAUUGGGGAGGAGCUAGUGGUCAGUGGAGGAGUGGGAUCUCAUUUCAGGCUCAAAUCACUUCAAGGAGAAAGACUUGAUCUAAACAUGAAAAACUACACUGUCAACGUGAACAAGAUGCCAGUGUCUGAAUCAGAUAUGAUGGCCACCAAUGGAGUUGUCUAUGCCAUUGAUUCAGUUUUACAGAUUCCAGUUUUCCGGCCUAUGGCAGAUGAAGUUUCAUUUUCUCGUAAAGCUUCUGCAAUGAAAGUUGGAACCAUCUUGAAAGAAGGUGACUAUGCUGAGAAGCUGAUCAAAGCACACUCUCGCAGGCAUGCUACUCGUACUCAGUAAAAUGCAUACUUAGAAGUUUCAUGGACAACAAAACAGUCAGCUGUUCUUCUGGAAGCUGUUUCUGAUUAUUAUGGAACAUGCUCUUACACUUGAAUUUAUUGUUUUUUUUUAAAGUUACACCCAUCAACAUCUUUUUUAUGAAAAAUACACACACAUAUAUAUAUAUAUAUAUAUAUAUAUAUAUAUAUAUAUAUAUAUAUAUAUAUAUAUGUAUGUGUGAGACAUUGUAACUUUUUCUCACAUGUCAGGGUCACGAAUAUAUUGGAGAUCUUGGGUCUGCCUUAUUGAAAAUUUCUCAGUGAAAUAAAGCAUUUUUUUUACAAAAGUGAGAAUUAGUGCUCAGCACUUUUACUUGCAAAGUUAGGUAAUACACAUUUUUUUUUUGGUCUUUGUACCAUUUCCACCUAGCAGCAUUUUGGAGUGUGCAUGUGUGUGUGUGUGCUUUUAUUUUAUUUGAUUUUUUUCAAUAUGUACUGUAUUUAUAACUCUAGCAUGUUUUGCAUGGAAUAAGCUGAAACUAAAGCUAAGACAAAACCUGUUGUGUUUCUUUUAAGUGAGAUCUAAACAAGCCUAGCAUAUGAGGUUUUCAAAAGCGUUUUGUUUUUUUUAUUUCUUUUCUUUUUUUAAUUUUAAAAGCAUACACAUGCACACCUAUUUUGUAAUAUAUUGCUGUCAUUUAAGUCACCACAAAAAGAACUGUGCCUCUGAAAAUAAAAGUAAUUCAUUUUCUAAGUAA